CUGUAGACAGAGGCACACAGGAAUAUGCAACAUUCUGUUUUGCGUACAUCCUGAACUGCACAAGUAUGCAGGAAGCCAUUGAUGUUUUUUAUCAUAUGUGUGUGCUUUUUGAUGCAGAGGAGUACACUCAUUUGGUGAAACAGAGCAAAAUGUACCUUGACAAGUGCAUUUUGCAAACUCGGGACGUGAAACUGGAAGAAAGUGGACAUGUAAUGGGAGAGGAGGAAAGCAAAAUGGAAAAAAAUGCUCAUAGCAUUAUGGGAAAGUCCCCUUUUACACGAGCUUUUCAAGUCAGGCGGGACCAAGCAGAGUGUGACAUUCUCUCUGACGAUGCUGUUCGUGUAAAAAACCACUACCUCUGUCCUGGUGUCAUUGAUGCACUGUUAAAAAACUACAUGGGGAUCUUCCCAUUGUGGAGUGGUUUGUUGCUUGGGGAUCUGUCGCGACAUAGAAAAGGUACCUCUAAAAACGAUGGAAGUCAUAAAACCAGGGAUACCAACUGCCAUGUUGAGCUCUGGUUUGGGUUGGUCAAACACUCCAUCCUUUUAAAAAAAAAGUACCUGAGACCAGCAGAGUUCAUCUCCAAAAUGUAUGCCUCAAUACAAGGAAGAUAUGUAGAGCACAUUGAGCAACACAAUCUGCCAAUGCAUAUUCUGGACAAAAACUUUGGACAUCCUAGCAGGCCAGAUGAUGACCACGAGGAACAGUGGAACAAGCGGGAAAGUUCUGCUGGUCACACCAAGUCCAAGUCCAAGUACUUCAAUCCACCAAAAACACUACCCAACCCCAAGAGCCCACCUGCCACAAAGCUGAAGAAAAGAAAAGUGGACCAACAGGAAAAAGAUGCACAGGGAAAUUUGACCUGGCUGUGGAAAAAAAAGGACACCGAGGUGGUCGUGGCAGUGCUCCCCUCACAGAUGAAAGGACGCAUCUUACUUAUCCGCCACUGUGAGCUAUGCUCACUUCGACCCCACCAGUGGUUGACAGGGGAGGUAAUUGAAGGCGUGUUUCAUGUUGCUGCCGACAAAUUCGGCGUUGUGAACAAAAUGUACUUGCUAAAUCACUACACAGCAGGUGUCAUUUUGUUCGGGGACAGAACUCAGCUAACAUCUCACAGUUUACCAAAGGUAAACUUUGACAACUAUGAAGCUGUCCUGUCCUUUGUACUUGUCAACAACAACCACUGGAAGUUGCUGUACAUUCAUGCCAAAACCAGCACCGUAUUCCUGGUGGAUCCAGCUCAAAGCAUCAAAGAGCUUGAUGACUCCGAACAUGCUGCCAAAAGAAUACAGGAGUACUUCAAGAUGAGGAGGACACGCCACAGCAUAACAGACUGGGUGGAUGUUAAGUGGAAGGGAGGCGUUAUGGGCCACCCACUUCAAAAGGAUGGAUGUAGCUGUGGUGUCGUUGUUGUGAAGAUGGCAAAGGCAGUCAUGGAGUCCUUCCCUCUGAUCCCGAAUGUGAAUUUCGAGUGUUCGAAGAAAUACAUGAAACAGGAGAGGAUAGAACUGGCUCUCGAAAUCCUUGAGGCAUCAGUCCUUGAUGAGCACACUUAUUGUGCUAUGUGUGCUGCCUUAAGGCCUCCAGGAUCUGGAUCUCCCAUCACAAACUGGAUUCAGUGUGAUGACUGUGAGCGAUGGUACCAUGCCCAGUGUCUGGCAAUGGACAGCAGAGACUUUAAAAAGGCAGAGACAGGAUAUUGGAAAUGUCCUUUGUGCAAGUAAUACUUGAAAUGUGCUCAAUGAUGACGAUUAGUAAAACAUGUGUCCUGUGUAGCCUUGUUUGUAUUACUUUCUGAUAAUCACUGGAUCACAUGACAGGAAAGCUAUAGAAAAAACCCUGAAUUUUCCAUAGAAAUAUUAAUAUUAAAUAGAGGAUGUAAUAUUAUCCGAUAUAAAGAGCUGUUUCUAUUGUGUACAGACUAGUAUUCAAUUCAGAAAGUGAUUUUGAGUCAUUAGAUAUUGAAGAAAUAAGCUAAGCUAAGAUAAUAUGGUAAUUUAC